AUGGGUGUUCGUGUAUACAUGGACAUGAAAAAGGAAAACAAAAACUUAGGAUCAUAUCCGCUAUAUAUAACUAUUCGCGAUUUCAAUAUGAAAUUGGGUAUCACCAAUGAGAACACAGUUGCAGGUUCAUCUGGAACACUAAAGUUACUUGAUAUGCCAACAUCUCCCGCUAUAGAGGAAUAUGAAAGUAUAAUAAUAACAGAUAGUACACCAAGUUUUAUUGAAGUAGGACAAGUAUACCAAGACAAGCAAACAAUUGCAACUGCAAUGAAGCACUAUUCUGUCAUGCACAAGAUUCAAUUCAGGGUUAAAAGAUCUAGUGCUAGAAGCUACUGGAUAUUAUGUGUUGGUGAAAACUGUACAUGGCACUUCAAGGCAACUAGCAUAAAUGAUUCUGCAAUGUUCAAGGUCAGAAAUUUCAACAGCCAGCACACAUGCUCUUUAAUGCACAAUACAUUCAUACAACGCAAACCUACUGUCAUGGUAGUUGGUAGCAUGGUUAUUCCAAAAUAUUCUGAUCCUAAGACAAUUUACACACCAAAAGACAUACAAACUGACAUGUUGUCUGAACACGGCGUGAAUCUAACCUACAUGCAAGCUUGGAGAGCAAAGGAAAAGGCUUUACAGCUUUUGAGAGGUCAUCCUGCUGACUCCUACAUCAAAUUGCCUAGUUAUUUGUAUAUUUCGGAGAAGACUUAUCCGGGGUCUGUAGUUAAAUUGAAGAAGACGGACGAUGCCUAUUUCUUGUAUGUAUUUGUUGCGAUUUGUAGGUCAAUCAGUGGUUGGAAAUAUUGUAGGCCAGUUGUAGUAGUUGAUGGGACCUUCUUAAAGUCAGCAUACAGGGAAAUAAUGCUAACAACUAGUACAAUGGAUGCAACAGGUACCAUAUUACCAUUGGCAUAUGCUGUUAUUGAUUCAAAAAAUGAUGCAUCAUGGAAGUGA